AUGCAUGAGGAUAUGCCCCAGACUCUACGUCCUGCCGCGCUCGUCAAGCUUCCAACCUGGCUGCCACCCACCUGCAGACUCAAUCUCAACAAUAUUCUAGUCAAUGUUGAGCAUCCUAUAAUGUCAAGAGUCAACACAUUCACAGUGGUCGUGCAUCGCGAAGCCCAACUAGAGUACCUUCGAGGGUUGGCCACCUUCAUCCAUAACACAUCUAUCAGAAGAUUGGUCUUCACAAGUUUCAAUCAGGUCGCCACACUGGCUGUACUCGCUGAGCAUGAGAGUCUACUCUCGCUCACUGUUGAACUCGAGAUUGAAUACGGACGGCGACCAGACCCAGUUGGAUGGAACAGUAACUCGAUGGCCACACUUGGACGACUCAAGAACAUCGAGACACUCUAUCUCAAUCCAAUGAUCCGUAAUUAUCAAGAUGUGUUCAUGGCAUCACUAAUACAAAUGGAGUCACUGACGACGUUACAGGUCUAUCUGGUCGGGUCAAACCCGGCCAUCACCAAGACCCUUGCGUCCAUGUCGCGCGGCGCAAGUUUGCGCAACCUAUACAUCGAUCACAUGAUGAUGUGCAAUGUUGAUACACCAUUGCACUUUGACCUCGACAAUCUGGAGAUCAACUGUUCAUCUGUUGGUCCGAAUGACAAGUUGACACCGCUCACGCGUGGAUCUCGUAUACAUCAUCUCAGACUGUAUCGUGGCUCACGUAACUUGAUCAAUCGAUAUAUAACAGAUUGUGAGACGCUCCAUUCAUUAAUAUACGAGCGUGUUCAUUUGGUUCAGCCACCAAUGACAUAUCAAUGGAUCCCUUGA